AUGAGUUUCCUUGAGUAAAAGAAAAACUUAAGUUUUGAAGUAUUCUUCAAGGGUGCUGAUGAACUAGAUAAUAAAUUCAGAAACAAGUUUAUUGAGAAGCAUAGAAAACUUAAGGCCAAGAUUCAUUAAUGCUAAUACUCAGCAUAUGCGAAUGAGGGCAUUGCAUAUGCUGAAGCUGAAGACAGAGCGCGCAAAUGCUUCCUACCCAUGAUGCUAAUAAGAAGACAUGCUACUACAAUAAUGGAAAAUUCAAGAGAUGACUUCAUGAAAUGUUUAGAUGGGAUAUCGCAUGCAGAGAUAUACGUACCAGGAGCGGACUUAGCUAAGAACAAAUGUCUGCAUGAAUAUAAGAAUAAGCUCAAAACAACUGUCCCAGUUGUUCAUUCCUAUUAUGAUGGGUAUUUACAAAAUUAUUCAAGUAAGGAUGGAAGUUUAGUUGGAGAUAUAAAAGAUACCCUUUUAUCACAAUAAAAUGCUUAAGAUCAAUCAAAAAAUAAGGACACAAAUCAACAUAAAAGCAGUGAUAUUCUAUGA